UUCCCGCCGCAACGUCUGGGGCUUCUCGACAGACUGCGCAUGACAGUCCAAAGGCCUCGGUGAUCAAAGAUGGCGGGAAGAUGGCGAUGAGCUUCCUGUAGGAAGUCCUCAUUUUUGUUGUUCAUUUCACGACGAAGGAGAAAAAUAAAAUGGCAUCCGAAGACGAAAAUCAAUCCAUCAAAUCUACCUCAUCAAGUCCAGUAGAGAGUUCCAUGGAAAGUGGUGGUGUAAAUCAGUCCUGUUCAAUUUGUGAAGAAACUCUGAAACAGCCCAAGGUUUUGUCUUGCCUCCAUGUCUUUUGCCAGACUUGUCUUGAAAAGAUAAUUGAGGAGGAGAGUGAACCAGUAGAUGGAGAACCCACAAAGCAAGUAAAUCAGAUCAUCUGUCAGACAUGCAAACAAGAGACAGACUUACCACUUGGUUGGGUAGAAAAUUUGAUGAUGGACUAUGUGACCGUGGAUCUUCUGAACAUGUCCAAUGUAGAUGAUAUGCAGAUCAUCUGCACUAGUUGCAAAGCAAAAGAAAAGGCUGUUGCUCGCUGUGCUGAUUGUGCAAACUUUCUUUGUCCAAACUGUGUUACUGCACACAAGUUCAUGCGUUGUUUUGAAAAUCACAAGGUGUUUACUUUUGAAGAAAUGAAAACAAGAGAGGGAAUUUGUUUUCAUAAACCUGUUUUUUGCCCGAAGCAUCCAGAAGAAAAUCUAAAAUACUUCUGUGAUUCUUGUCAGGUCCCAAUAUGUAGUGAAUGCAUGAUUCGAGAUCAUCAUCAGCCAGAGCAUCAUUAUGAAAAGUUGAGUGAUGUAGAAGCUCGCCAAGAAGAAGAAUUGCAGGCACUGUUGUCAGACUGCCGUGCCAAGCUAGAAAGAUGCCAUGAAAGAUCACAGAUUGUGGAGUCAAGUCUGUCUGAACUUCAGGACAAAACAGACAAUGCCAGGGGACUUAUUGUUGAAACAUUCCAGAGCUACAAGGCCCUCUUAGAAAAAAGAAAGGAUGAACUCUUGAAAGAGUUGGAUGAUAAGCAUUCAUUUUGUGAAUUACAACUGAUGGAAGCAUUUCAUGAGCUGGGCACCAUGGAAACGCGACUUGAAGAUGCUUGUCAGUUUACAGAACGUGUAUUAAAGCAUGGAAGUCCAAAUCAUGUUGCCCUUCUCAAAAAGGGUAUAGUAUCACAGCUGCUUACAUUAAUCCGCAGCAACCCUAAGAUCAGUUUUGACAUAAAUAUCGAGUUUAAGACUGAUCUAGAAACAUACGAAGCUGCUUUAAAGCAGACAUUCGGCUGGUUUACCAAGGAAGCACCAAAGCCACCCACAGACCUGCAGCUGUCAUCUGUCCAUUCCUCAUUUGAGAACGAGGCUGCUUUUAAUUUGGCAGCAGGCAUUUUGGCUCCAGAAGACAUUGUGGGUGGAGUGACAGAUGCAGAAUUUAUGCCAGCACCUUUGCCUAUUGCACCACUUGCUCUAAAUGGCAAUUUGGAAGGGCUGACCAGCCUGGCCUCUGUUGCCUCUACUUUAGCUGGUGCUCCACCAAUCCCUCCCUUGGACUCAAGCCUGUCUCGUGCUUCUUUGUCUCCUGCCAUGUCAGACAGUGGGAUCUCAGUUGAUGCUGGGUCUACCAACAGUAAUAAUAGUGCCACCAUGAUGAACAUUGCAGCUAUGGCUAAAAUAAGCUCUAGCUUUGCAGGGACAGCUAUUCUGGGUGGACUGAAUGGUGUACCCAGUGGUGGCUGUGCAAGCUCUGUUGGUGGUGGUAGCAGCUCUUCAAGUCGCACCCAAACACCAAUGUCGCACCCAGCAGACAGCAGCAUGAGGAGCCUGCUGUCGGUCUCACCAACUCAGCAGGUGCAGUCAAGCAACUUAGAAACCUUGGCUUCCCUUUUCAGUACUCAACCGCCACCUCCAACUCUGUCCAAUCUGGCGUACACUGCUAUGACUUCCAUUGAUUCAAUCAGUCCAGUCUCUGGUGGGAGCAACGAGAUGGGCUCUUCGGAUCUAAACUCUCCUACAGGAAGCACUUUCAGUGCAUCGGGUGCCAGUAUGCCCUAUCCACCAGUGCGUCGUGCUAACAAAAUGAGUGCAAUGCAGAUCAGGUGCAAAUUUGGUCAGUUGGGUCCAGGAAAAUGCCAGUUCAAUUCUCCACAUGGCUUUUGCUUGGGUGUUGAACAGGACAUUAUUGUGGCUGAUACAAAUAACCAUCGUGUCCAAAUCUUUGAGAAGACUGGAGAGUUCAAGUAUCAGUUUGGCAUCCCUGGUCGUGAGGAGGGGCAGCUGUGGUACCCCCGAAAAGUAGCAGUAAUCCGUUCCUCUGGAAAGUUUGUUGUUUGUGAUCGUGGCAAUGAACGUUCCCGAAUGCAGAUCUUCACCAGGAAUGGGCAUUUCGUCAAGAAGAUCGCCAUUCGUUAUAUUGACAUAGUGGCUGGCCUGGCUAUCACUCAGCAAGGGCACAUUGUGGCUGUAGACAGUGUGUCUCCAACUGUGUUUUGCAUCUCAGAAGCUGGAGAUCUAAUCAAGUGGUUUGACUGCAGUGACUACAUGAGAGAACCUUCAGAUAUCGCUAUAAGUGGAAAAGAGUACUUUGUGUGUGAUUUUAAGGGUCACUGUGUUGUCGUGUUUAAUGAAGAUGGUCAGUUUUUGCGACGCAUUGGUUGUGAGAAUGUCACCAACUAUCCCAAUGGUAUCGACAUAAGUGAUGCUGGAGAUGUUCUCAUAGGAGACAGCCAUGGCAACCGCUUUCAUGUUGCAGUAUUUCAGCGAGAUGGGUCGCUCAUUGGGGAAUUUCAGUGCCCUUAUGUCAAGGUCAGUCGCUGCUGUGGCCUGAAGAUCACAUCAGAAGGCUAUAUAGUCACCUUGGCAAAAAACAACCACCAUGUGCUUGUCCUCAACACUCUGUACAUCACAUAAGAGUUGAUGAAACUGUAUGACAAGUCCAUGAAGGUCCGUAAUUGGCCUCGCUGAAUUAUAGGACUUGUUUGCGCAUGUUUACGAACCAAAUAGCCCUACUCUAAUUACCCAGUCUUGUGAUAAGGUAGGGAAAUUUGCUGACUUUUUAAAGAAAAAGAAACACAGAAAGAGGCUGGGAAAUUGGGAGAAGAAAAGGGAACAUAAAUUGUUCCCUCGCUGAAUGCAUCUUCCUAAUUUUUUUUCUUCUUUUUUUCUUUUUUUUUUUUUUUUUAAAUUGUGAUGCUGCUCAUCUUAUGACUUGAGGGUGGUGUUUCAGCAAGGUUCUCAGGUUUCGACCUUGAUCUAUCAUAAGCAUCAGCCUCUUUUCCCUUUUCCCUAACCUCUUUCAACUUGUUUUCAUAUAUAUUGCUAUUUGUGCCAAUACUGAAUACAAUACUUGAUCAUAUAGGACAAAUAAUUCUGCAGUUCCUUUCUUGGGAAGACAGAGACUUGUGUCUAUUACAGUCUCUUGUUCAGCCCAUUAACACAAACUUUAAAGCUUCAUUAUUAAUACAUCUUGAUGACAAAUCUAGAUUUAUUUUAGAAUGUGUACAUCUACAAACUUUAUUGAAACAGGUUGUUUACUUUUAUCAAUUUUUUCUUAGUCUUUGUCCAAGUCUCGUUUUAUUUUAUAUCUGUGUUAACAUUUGAUUUGACACUACUGCACAUUUAUUGCAUAUCCAGAGGAGUCUAAUUCCUAUACAUUUACUUAGCCACGGUACAGAAAAAGGGUAGAUAAGAUUAUUGGAAGGUGUCAUUUUGCCAAUUUACAUAUUAUGCAAAUGCUUAUCUCUAGUCAUAUACUCAGUCUAAACAUGACCAUUAAUUUUUUUUGCUGUGCCUUAUGGGAUUGUACUUUUUUUGUGUUCAUAGUGUAAAGCUUUACAUAAGAUAAUGUAUUUUCACUGGUGAUGUUGACCAAUAUUUUUUUUUUUGGUUGUAUGAAUGUUUAAUUUUUAAAUGGUUAAUGCAAAAAGUUCUUCCUCAUACAAAAGUUAGUGUAUGUGGAAAUCUAAUUAGUUGUAUAUCACUAAUCAUCUGUUUUUACCCACCAUGCUUGUUCACAGUAUACUUCAAAUCAAAAACAUUGAUAUAACUACCAUGUUUCAGUGGCUUAUACUAAUCUAUAUCUUAACUCUGGACCGCCUGUCAAGUGGCAUGUGAUUUUAUCGUGCAAAUAUCAGUUAAUGGGCUUGGAUGGUUGUACUGUUUACUCAGAAAUUCCAGAAAUAUCCAUUGCAGUUUAUACAGAUGAAAAGCAAGUUCCUAGGCUUUGUAUUUACUCUGUUGGAUGUAGAUUGCAGAGAAUAUAUCAUUUGGGAAAGGAUUUGUCAUUUUUCUGCUUUUCUUCCUUCUUCAUGGAGUAAAAUGUGGCUCCCUUUUGAGCACAUCAUGGAUACCACAUGAUGACCAUUUCAUGUUAAACUAUAAUGGCUGUUUCUUCUUCUCAUGAUACAGACAAUCUAGUUAAAAUAUUCACAACGAGUUAAUGUCCUUUUGUGUUAAUAUAUUAACAUUUAGAUUCUGGUUAAAAAAAAAGUACUUGGAGAGUUUGGUUACCUGUUGGGUUUUUAAGUUUUCAUAUUUUUUCAUUUCUUUAAGGAAAAUGUUACUUGCUAUUUAGAUGUUUUUAUAGUUUAAAUUUAGAAGCUGCAUUUUGAGGUUAAACAUUUUUCCAUCAAGAAAGCUUUGUAAGAUUUCAGCCUAACAAUGAUGAUGCAAGUUCUUUAUUAUCAAUAAAAGUUUGAAGACUGUUUCUCAUAUUCAGAAAUUUAGGGAUAUGGGUGAGCAUGAUUGUUGUACAAAGUCUGAAACAGCAAACUCUUUGUGACUGCAGUUGUGUAUUUACAACAGUAGUCUGUGUUGCCUUCACAACCAGGAUUGUGUGUUAUAUAUAAUCCAGGGAGUUUGUAUUAUAAUUAUACUAAAUCGGUGCUCUAAUUUUGAUUUCUGUUCUUUUAGCGUCAUGUUUACCUUGUUCUCAUCAUUCUUUUUCAUAACUGUCCAUUUUAACAAAUUUUUUGUUCUUGUUACUUUUUCCCCCAGUUGGCUAUUGUAACACCGUAAUUAGAAUUUUUGUCUUUGGUUAUGUUUAAAGACUUGCUGAAAUAUUUGUUACAAUUAGAUAAAUAUUCCUCCCCCAACUCACAGUAUUCAGUGUGUAUUAUGGAACUUCUUUUACUUCAGUGCUUUUCACUGAAUUGAAGGUUGUUCCAUUUUACAAUUAGUUUUUGUUUAUUUUUGAAUUGUCUGUAUUGCUUUUAAUAACUUCGAUAUAACAUUUCAUAUAAAGUUAUUUACUGUAUGUUCUGCAAUGUUUAUGUUUGCAUUAUUUUUUUCUUUGUCAGUUUACUCAGCUGAUUUGAAGUUAGCUUUUUCUUAAGCACUCACUGAAAAAUGGAAUAAUAUAUUUUAAAAAAAGUUAAAUGGAUAUACACGUGUAAUUCCAGUAUCAGGUUUGGCAUAUUGGUGUUUUACAGUGUUAUACAAGAUUCUCAGUUUUUUUGAUGUGUAUAGAUCUAUUUUGACAUUUAUUGAUAGUUUAUGCUGCUUUGUUCAAAUUUAACCAAUGUUUAUAGAAGUUCCAGUUUAAAAGAGGUUUUCUCACCAGGUUGGUUAUCUUAACACAUUAAUAUUUUCUUUUUUACCAUUCCUGAUUUGUUUGGAUUUCAAACAAAACAUUGCAAUGAUAUUUACAAGUGACAGCAGGUACAGACUCUGCACUAGGCUUGUGCAGAGACUUUACCUCCCCAUCCUCUCCCUGGUCCCAGACGGUGCUAGUGUCAAAUGUUUGCGUAGGGAGACUGGUGCUGCCGCCUGCUGGUCAGCCUCUAGGUCAUGCCGCAUUUUGGUAAGCAGGAGGGCUGACUGGCAUGAGGUGGGUCCAUGUGGUCGAUAAGGCACAGAAAUCAUGCCGCCAGUCUGUGGAUGCUGAUCCACCCUGCCCAUCACUAGUGGCUCCGUGGUGUUACGUUGGCUUUACCAUUAUAUUUGAUGGACCUGUUUUCAUUGUUGUUUGCGACAUUUUUAAUUCCUUUCAGAUGGUGAUGGUAAUGUAUUUGAUUUUAAAUUUUUUUUCAUUUUAUAAUUUUUUUUUUUAAGUUCAUGCUUUGAUCUUGUGUUGAGAAUUUGACAAUGCAAAGUAAGAAGAGUUAAACAGCAAUAAUUGGAUCUUUUACUGAUAACAAUCAAUGGGACAUGCUGCCAGCAGUUAACUUGCCAAAACUUAAAAAGGGAGGAAGUAAAAUAAGUUUUUUAAUGAGCAUAUAAUUUGUCCUCCUCUUGGGACCUGUUAGAUUUCUUAUAUUGCAGCUAAAGAUUAGAAGUCGUUGUGAACAAUUUGCUGUUUAAAAAGCCAUUUUUUUACAUAAAAAAGAGGGGGUAUUCCAAAGUUGUAGGCAGUUCUGUGGAGAUGAUCUCAUUUUUGAAAGCUGAAGAACAUAUUUUCAUAGCAGUUUUCUCUUGGAACAAAUUUCCCACUUAUGAUUUUCUCAAAAAGUUUUCUUUCUGUAAUUGAUACUUUUGUUUUUGGGAGGCCUCUUGUGGCUGCCAAUGUCUUUCUGUAUUUGGAAACAACGAAAUGGCAUUCCUUUUUUGUUUAAUAGUCUUUAUAAAUGCUUUUGCAAUGGUUAGUUGUAGGAAAUAACUAACCAGACAUUUUUAUUAUAUUCACUAAAAAAUGUAUUGCAUAUCAGUACAAAGCCUUUUUCAGACCUUUAGUAUUGCUUUGUCAAUUUAUGACUAACUGCCUAGUUAAUGUAAAGCGCAUAAAUGCCUUGAAAUCUGAUCUUCCUUUUCAUAUCUGACAGUAGAGACCACUAGACCACCUGUAUUGUAGCAGUGCUUUGCCAUGUCUUCUUUGGAAAACCCAUUGUUAGAAAGGCAGAAGUAAGCUCGUAGACAUCUUUUUAAUGGCAGAUUUUUGACCUGCUUUAUCUCAGGAUGAAAAACUUCUUUUGGAUCACAUGGCUGCUAUACACAUCAGUUUAUGGUGAAAAUAAACUGUUUUCAGAUCUAGUUCAGUGCUAAAUAUAUCUGUGUUUUCUGCCCAACCAAAAAUUAACUUGAAAAUAAUUCACUAGUUUUUUUUCUGUAAUAUGACAAUUUUUAGUUUGGCAACCUGCUGAUAGCGGGGCAGCAAUAUGUAGCAAAUAAAAAUUUGGGACUCUGUCUCACUUUUCUGUGAUGUCCAAGCCCUGGUUUUGGCAGGGUAAAGGAAGCUCUUCCUUUAGCACACUAGUUAAAACUAUAAUCACAAGUAGACAAGAUCUCUGUCUGCUGCCCUAUUUCCCCUCUGGUAGUUGUAUGAACUAUCAUUGUGCAAGAUCAGCAUAAAAACUUUGGCAUGGUUGUUCAGCUAACGCUAAACCUUUGGUCUGAAUAAUUGUAAACGAGUGAUAUAUUUACAAAAAAGAAAAAAAAAGACAGGAAAUAUACACCAUUUAUUAGAUUUACAUUUAAAGAACGAAAUACUCCUUUCCUACAUGUAGCUUUUUGGUUGUUCUUUUGGUGUAACCUUCUCAGAGUAAACUUGUGCUUGGUUUGGUGAGAAGGUAGAUUUCUUAAGUUGCAUAGGCAUUGCAUAAGAGGAUUUGUGAUUGUUUACAGGCUGGUACACAUUCUAACAUGUGAUCAUGAUAAAAUACAUGGCAUUGCUGCAGUGGAAAAUGAUAAAUUUGAGUGACUUGUCACCUCAAUUUUAAGAUGCAGUAUACUGUCUUGUGUGUGCUGCUGUUUUCCUUUUUUAAAAAUAUGGAAUAUCACGAAAGCAUAUUCCUGAUCUUGCCAUUUUAUACUAGAGCAGUAGGUCACACAAUUUGGAUAACAUCUGUGUUUGCUGUUACUCAGAUAACAGUUGGUAGAAGAAGCCAACAAAUUUUAAUAGCAAUGCCUGCAAUGGUGUAACCAGAUCCAUUUAUGCUUUGUUUGCAAGCAGCAUCCUAGUGUACAAAAAAGCCAAGCACUGAAAAUAUCAAAGAUUUUUAAAAAAAUCUGCUUUAACAGUUUUAGAGAGUGGUCUCUCUGUAUUUCAGCAUAAGAUUUUUGUCCGUGAUAUUGCUCAAUUAUAUACAAACAUAUUUAUAUUUACACCUGAUAUAACAUUGUUUUCUGCUACUUAAAGUUAUAAGGGUUGGGAAUGUUGAAAAAAAUGAAUAGCAGCCACCUGGGUUUUUUUUUUUAAACCGUUGUGGUCCCAAAAUAAUGCAGCAGUCUUUGAUUUCUGACUGAAAAGUCUUGCAAUGUUUAUAUUUUUGUUUGGUUUCUUUCUUUAUGUGUUUCAUGCCUUGAUAAUUUAGUUACAGUUAGAGCAGUUAUGUGCUUGUGUUUUCACUGUAAGGACUCUAGUUCUGGUGCACAGUGUUGGGCAUGAACAUCCUCCCUCUGUAUAUUAGGGAUAGUUUUCAGUCUGCUGAUGGCGUCAGUGUUCUGUGUGGAGCAUCACACUCAUGUGCACCUUUAUGGGCUGCUAGAGCAUUUGGCGUUUUUUUUUAAGUCCACUCACUUUGAAUUUUGUUAUUUUGUUUGUUGCUUAAAGACCCUACUCCCAUCUCUUCCAUAAGUACUGAAGAUAAUAUUUUUGCAAUACCCUCUAAAAUAUAAAUUGACUGAUUGGCUUUUCCUAAGUCUUCAGACUUUGUGAGCAAUAAUUUAUAUUUCAUGCAUAGUAUUGACAAGUACAGCUUUGGAUUAGUAGACCCCUUAAGUAUAUAGGCCAUCAAGCUAAACUGCAGUCUAUAUCUGGAAAAACUAGGUGAGGGAAAAAAUGCUAAGGUUAGCUUUAUCUGUGAUUUUUUGUUAGUUUGAAAAAAUGCAUUUGAACUGAACAAUUAAAAAGAAAAACUAUAACCCUCUGCCUUUUAAACAUCUUUAGAUCCUGUUGCUUGUGGAUUGUUAUACCUCAUGCAGCAGGAUGUAGUUUGAACCAUUUGGAAAAAGCAGUGCAACUGUAAAGAUACGAUAAGUUACUUGAAAGCAAAAUGAAUGGCAUGCAUCAAAAUAUUCAAGAACGUGCUUAAUAGGGAAUAUGCAAUCACAAAAAAAUGUCCCAUGUACUUCUGGGUUGCUAUUAGUCUCUUAGUUGACUGUGUCUCAACACAUGUGCAAGUUAAAUAAUUGCUAAACAUAUUUUAAUUUUUGCCAGUUUACCUAAAAUCACAAAUCGUAUGAUGCUUUAUUAUUUUGAAUGCGUAGGUUUCCAAUCCCAAGAGUGCACAUGAGUGUAGAUGAAAAUGUCCUUGAAAAUGUGGUUUUAAGCCUCGUCACUUAGGAUGCUGCCAAAAAGCAAAGCAGCAGACCAGCAGUUGUUUUCAGCAUUAUCUUUGACUCGCCAUAGCUAGCCUGAAGGAACCAGGGUCCCAGUAUACACAAGUAUUCAUAUAUUUACAUAUUCCUAUUUUUGGAAGAUACAUCUGCCAUUUCUUAUAUGUUUAUGUGAAGGAAACUGGAUGCAAAGUGGAAAUAAAGGUGUUCUUUCAAAA